CAAAAAUCAAGCGCGCUUCACCGGCAUUCGUGAAAAGUUUGUUUUCUGCAUGACAAAGCCAUUUAGACUAUUUAGACGAAGACAUACACAAUGAGCUCCAUAGGAACAGGGUAUGACCUGUCAGCAUCCCAGUUUUCACCAGAUGGACGCGUCUUUCAAGUUGAGUAUGCACAGAAAGCUGUCGAAAACAGUGGAACUGCAAUAGGCAUUAGAGGCAAAGAUGGCAUUGUGUUUGGGGUAGAAAAACUGGUCACCUCAAAACUGUAUGAGACAGGUGCCAACAAACGGAUAUUCAACAUCGACAGACACAUCGGAAUGGCUGUAGCAGGACUGCUGGCUGAUGCACGACAGGUAGUCGAAAACGCUAGGGACGAGGCCUCAAACUACCGAUCAAACUAUGGCAUGCCAGUACCACUUAAGCACCUGACAGAUCGAGUGUCGAUGUAUGUACAUGCAUACACACUGUAUGGUUCAGUACGGCCAUUCGGUGUCAGCAGUAUCCUCGGAUCUUAUGAUGCUGUUGAGGGAGCACAGAUGUUUGUUAUUGAUCCAUCUGGUGUCUCAUAUGGUUACCAUGGAUGUGCAAUUGGUAAAGCAAAGCAGGCUGCAAAAACAGAAAUAGAAAAAAUCAAGAUGAAGGACAUGCUGUGUACAGAUCUCGUAAAAGAGGUAGCAAAAAUCAUUUACAUUGUUCAUGAUGAAGUGAAAGACAAGAACUUUGAGCUGGAAUUGAGCUGGGUUGGAGAAAUGACGGAAGGAAAACACCAGCUUGUUCCCAAGAAUGUAUUCACAGAGGCAGAAAAGUAUGCCAAGGAAUCCCUGGAGGAGAGUGAUGAGAGUGAUGAUGAAGACUUGUAGCCCCAAGCCCACUAUCGGGACCACACCCCUAUCAAGCCUGUCCAUGGGACCUUCUAGUGAUAUACAAUGCAUCAUCUGUCAUCGUCAACAUCUCCAUGUUCUCAAGUGCUGUGUAUUUCAAAGGACCGCUCAUGGUGUAGACUUAAUUAAGUGCUAAAAUACCAUUAAAAAAUAGCAUAAAACUUUAAGACGAGGGAUUUCUUUAUUAUUAUGACUGGCUAUUAAAAGACAUUGUUUCAUUGAAAAAGGUAAUUUACUUAGACUUGUACAUUAAGUGCUAUGAUAGUUGGCUUAAGACAUUGUUGUAUUGAACAGUUCAACUUAACUGUGCUCUGUGUUUAAAUGAUAAUUAAAAUAUUGAAUGAAAA